AUGACAGACGAAGAACCUCUUACCCCAGUCCACCCACGUACUUCUAUCACACAGAGUUCUGCGGUGCGAGAUUCGGUCAUUACCUACAGUACCGACGUUGUAGGUAGCAGUAGCAGUGGAAUUGGAGAAUCUCGAACGAAUACUUUUUCAAGUAAACAAAGAUCACAAGAAGGCUCCUCUACCCCUUUCUAUCGUCGAAAACGUUUCUGGGUUAUAUAUGUUGCCGUAAAUUUAGUGCUCGCGGCCAUAUUUAUUCCCUUAUUUAUUUUCGCCAUUUUUCCCGCAAUCGCUCAAUCUGCCAUUAACAGCUCUAGAUUAAAUAUUAAUCAUAUAAAUCUCACAAAUAUUCGCGAAGAAAGUGUAGCAAUGUCCUCUGAUGGUAAUGUUACCAAUGCUGGUCCUUUUGCGUCAACAAUAUCUUUCGAUGAUCCUAUUUCUAUGAUCUAUAAUGAUCAAGAGAUGGCUCAAGUUUAUUUUGACCCUAUCUCAUCUAAUGGUGGUUAUGCCGAUCUUUUAUUAAACCAAAGAGAUGUAAAAAUUACAAACAAAGAUGUUUUUGGAAACUUUUCACUAAAUUCUUUCACGCAGGAUAAUAUAACAAUUAGAUUCAAAGGAUCUGCUCGUGUAAAAGCUAUGGGUAUAACAAAAAGCGGUUUAGUUUUAGAUAAGGAAGUCAUAUUAGUUGGUGGUAAUAAUUUUCCUAAUGUCAAUGUAAUACAAUUAAAUAUCACUCAAGAGGCAGAUUCUCAAGGUUCUCAAAUCAUAGCGAUAUCACAUGUUGUUCAAUUAUAUAAUCCUUCUAUUUUUUAUGUAGAUAUGGGACAAUUAGGUGAAUUAAUUACUUAUAAUGGAUCUAACAUUGCAAAUAUGACAAUUGAUGAUUUCAUAUUACAGCCUGGUGUAAACAAUAUUUCCAUGAGUGGUUAUGUAAUUGGGCCAAGUUCUCCUCAAGAUCUUAGUAAUUUAGGUAAAGUUAUGCAAGCAUAUAUAACAAACAAUCCAAUAAUAACACAGGCGAAAGGUGUAUAUGCAUAUCCAGAUUAUAAAAAUUCUGUAUCAUGGCUUACGUCAGUAAUCACUCAAAUGACGUUGAACGCCGUUAUCGGUAAUAGCUCUCUUGGAACUCAAGUAAUUACAGGCGUAGAUCUUGGUAGCCCUGGUAUAAAUUUUGUUGGACAACCAGCUUAUGCACCUUUAUUCUCUUCUCAAAAUAUUACUUCUAGUUAUGUUUUACCUAUGAAAAUUAACUCAACGAUAUUGCAAGUUUCACAAAAUAUUUCGCUUCUCACUCAAGACGGUCAAGCAUUUGCUUAUCUUAAUACCAGUGUCAUUAGUGUGGACAGUGAUAAUGGUAGCCAAAUCCGUUUUAAUUCUCCAUCAACUACACUCUAUGCGAUUCCUGAUAAAAAUGAGUUAUUUGGCGAAUUUUUAGCCAAUUUAACAAAAGUUGAUCAAGAAGAAGUGUAUAUAAGUGGUUCAGCUACUAUUUUGUCUCGUUCACUUUUAGGAGAAAUUCCAAUUGAACAAAUUCCAUUUACAGUUCCCACUACAUUACGAGGUUUUUCCAAUUUCUCCCAAAUUCCACCUAUUAUUAAUAAUGUAACAGUUCUUAGUGCUACUCCAAAUUAUCUGGUCCUUGGAAUUAAUGCUACUAUAUAUGACACUUCAACUACAUCAAUUUCGCUUGAUAAUACGACUUUUCAAAUUUCUUAUGAAAAUGCACAAGUUGGUUUAGCCACAGGAAACUUGUCACUUGUCCCUGGUCCUAGUAAUGUCUAUCUAACAUCAACUAUGGAUCCAAAAAAUUCUAACGAAGCUUAUCUACUUUUAUCCAACUUCCUUAACAAUAUCAAUUCGACUGUAACUGUCUCAGGUUUUGAUGGUUCAACCGAUAUUGAUAGUUUGAAACUUGCGUUUCAAACUUUAACUAUGAAUUCAACCUUAGUACCUUUGUCCCAACCAAUAGUUGCUGCUUCAACCUUACAUAUUCUUGAUACUACACCAAAAGAUGGAGUAGCCCAAGGAAAUGUGACUAUGUCAAAUCCUCUCGAUGCUAAAUUAACUAUUCGAGCGAUUCAAUCAAACAUUACUGCCGGUGAUUUUGCGCUUGCAACAGUCUCUCAAUCAAAUCUUAAUAUUGAAAUUCCUGGAAAACAAUCAACUGUUACCAAUUUGCCUAUAACACUUAACCUUGACCCUGCUGUACUCUUUGGUCUUUUACGUCAAGAAGCUGAAUUAAAAAAUAUAUCUACCGAUGUAAUUGAUAUCUUAAUUAAUAUAGGUCAAAUUCAGGUUCCAGGGGUACCUUCAAUAGAUAUUACAAAAAUUGAUACGGACAUUUUCAAAAAUUUUAAUGUUCUUGAUUAUGCUAAAUCUGUUAUAGGUGAUAUUAACACAAUCAUGACCAUUUUUGCUGAUGUGUCAUUUGAUGAUCAAUAUGAAAUAACGUUGCCUAUGACACAAAAUGUUACUGCUCACACUGAUGAUAGUCUUGCAAUCUUGGUUAGUUAUCUUUCUAUACCAGUUGCUGAAAAUUUAGUAAAUGGAUCAGAAAUUUCAUUCUCUAGUGUUCAAAUUCAAAAACCAAGUGAAACCGGAUUUACUACUGUAAUUAAUGGAGAACUCAAUAUUAAUGUGGACAUUCCUGGUCAAAUUUCUACUCCAAAUGGUGUUGCUUUAACUUUUGGCGGUGCGACACUUGGUACUGUUAAUCUUCCAACCAUUACCCUUACUGGAAAACGUACAGAACUUGACAUAACAUCCCCAUUUACAAUUAGUGACAAAGAUGCUUUAGCAGAAUUUACUCAAAAAUUCUUACAGGCAGAUAAAAUCUCAUGGUCAAUGGUUUCACCAAGUAUUACUGUUAGCGCGCUUGGCAUCGACAUUAAAAAUAUAUCUUUUGAUAAAAAUGUUCAAUUAAAUGGUGCAAAUGGAUUCAAAAAUGCUGUUAAUAUUACCAGUUUUGCACUUCCUGGAGAUGAUCCUAAAGGUGGAAUUUCGACCGCUAUUACUGCUACACUUUCAAAUCCUGGUACAAUCGGCGUGGAACUUGGAGAGCUUUUCUUCGAUGUUGUUUCUAACAAUACCAAAAUUGGCGAAGUUGCUGCUAAUGAUGUUGUCCUUAAACCAAAUGAUGCUAUAAGUCUUAACUUAAACGGUCGCUUAAUUCCUCAAACAAGUGAUGAUGGCUUAGAAGUUAUUCAACAGAUAUUCAACGAAUUUCUUGCAGUAAAGGAAAUUCCUCUCUCAACAAAGGGUACAGAUCUUAACCCUCCAAUCAGUUGGCUUGUUUCUGGAGUUCGAAGCCUUACAAUAGAUACAGUUCUUCCAGCUCAAAAGUUUCCACCUCUUAUUACUAGUAUAAGCCUAGAUGAUCUUGAACUAGCCUUUACACCAGAAACUGCAUAUAAUCCUAACACUUCUUCAAAAAAAAUCACGGCCAGCUUACAAAUACCACAACCUCUCGGAUUUACAUUGAACAUUUCAAAAAUUGCACAAGAAGUUACUUUAGAUGAUAUGGCCAAACUCGUCAUUCCCCUAAGCGGUGCAAUUUCAAAUAUUGAUAGUAAAGCUCAUACUGGAACUGUUACUGUUUCAUAUGACAGCGCUCCAUUACAAGUCUUUCCUGAUGCACAUGAUAAAUUUAAUUCAUUUGUUAAAGUUCUAACUCUUGAAGAUUCAAUAGGUUUUGGUCUUAAAGGAACUACCGAAGCUCACACUCUAACAGCUGUGGGACCUAUAAUACUGAAUACCAUUCCUGUGGAUGUCAAAAGCACGUUACCUGGAUUCCAAGGUUUUACCACGAACAACACACCCGUAAAUAGUAUAGAUGUUAUAAGCGGCACGCCUCAAGCCCUUCUUAUUGAUAUUACCACAUCUUUAUUCAAUCCAUCAACCGUUUCAACCGAUGUUGGUGAUGUAGCUUUCGAUUUUAUCUUUAAAGAUCAAAAACUAGGAUUCGCUACUAUGACGGGUCUAAAUAUAAUUCCAGGAGUUAAUAAUAUCAAUGCUACAGUCACACUCGCACCACAAACACCAGACGCUAUUCAAGCCGCUAUAACGAUGUUUGCAAACUAUAUCGCGGGUCAAAAGCAAGAAACAGUUAUUGUUGGUACAGAGAACUCAACAAAAGUAGAUAGUUUGAAAGAGGCAUUUUCUGCAUUAAAGCUUCAAAAAGAUUUGCUAGGCUUAGAUAAGCCGUUGAUAGUUUCAGCAUUUGUUCACCUUAAUCCAGACACAAUCAAUAAUAGUAUUGCUUCAGGUAAUAUCACAAUGGACAACCCAUUUACAGCUGACAUCACACUUACGGGUGUUAUAAACGGUACAAUCACAUUUCAUGAUAUCCUUCUUGGAUCGAUCAAUCAACCUACAACUCCUCCAAUUACUUUUAUUGGAAAAAGUAAAACAACAUCACCAGCGAUAAAUACAACUCUUAAUCUCAAUCCUAAAGACCUUAUUAAUAUAAUUAAACUUGCAGCUAAAGAUGCAGGUGUUAAUUGUACGCUCCCGUUCACAGAAAUUGAUAACUCAGGAGCAAAACCGUCUUGCGAUAACCUUACUGACGUUAUCCUGUACAUACUCCAACAAAUGAAAGUUGAUCUCACUGUAGAACAAGCAAAUACAACAAUGGAUCAAUAUGGGCCACUCCCAUUACCACUUAAAGUAAAUAAUUUGCCCGUUAUAUUUGACGAAUCUGCACUUUUAUUAAUGGAUGUACUUGCCAGACCAGUUGCUCAGGCAAAUAUUGACAAGAGUGUAAUUACAAUGACAUCUUCUUUCAUCACUGACGAAUAUGCUAAAAACUUUUCUACUCAUACGGUUGGUAAAAUUGCAAAUGCCGGAACCCUUCAAUCGUCCAUCACAUAUCCGAGUGGUUUGGCUCUUAGUUUUAAUAAUAAAACACUUGGUUCACUAACGAUGCCACCUACAAAUAUCACUGGUAACAGCAGUGAAGUGCCACUUAUUUCUGAUUCCAGAUUUAGCAUUACCGAUCCUACAAGCUUUUUGACGUUCUCCGCAGAAGUUCUAUUACUUCCUCAAAUUAAAUUUAGUAUUAGUGCUGAUGAUUUAACAGUGUCAGCCUUAGGCAAGUCGAUACCUAAUCUCAAGAUGAACAAGGAACUUACUAUUGAUGGUUUCAAUGGUUUACAGGACGUAAAACUUAUUGACUUUAAAAUUCCAAGUAAUACUACAAUUCUAAUAACAAGCACUAUAGCUAAUCCUUCACAUAUUGGUGCCGAUAUGGGAAAAGUGAACUUCAAUUUGACAUCAUCAGAAGGUGAUAUCGGACCAUUAGUUGCCGAUGAUCUUAUAUUGCAACCCAAACAAUCACAAAAUGUUUCUUUUGUCCUUACACCAAAUUUUCCUGAUGGCUGGUUAACACUUCUUAAACUGAUAUUACGUAAUAAUGAAACUAUAACUAUUAAAGGAGUUUCGGUCGAACCGAAGACUGGAGAUGAUGUUCCAUGGUUGAAUGUACCAAUUCAAGGAUAUAAAGUUACUCUUCCCUUUGCCCUUCCGGAUGGUGUCAGGAAUGAAACAUUGAGUAAAAUAGUAGAAAUAACAGGAAAACAUUCAAACGAAUCAAUCAUAAAUUCUUAA